ACCACAACCACCCACCAAUCCACCACAGACACACAGCACCCUCACUCCGCAAUGACCUCGCUCGUCAACAAGAUCUCCGGCGCCGUGUCGCCGCUCAAGGUGGGCGCCACCGUCGACACGGGCCUCAAGCUCAAGGAGGACGACCCGCACGAGGGCACCGUGUCGCUCGACAAGGUGCCGGGAAAGAUCAUCAUCGUCGGUGUCCCCGGCGCCUUCACGCCGCCCUGCUCCUCGCACGUGCCGGGCUACGUGCAGAACGAGGACAAGUUCCUGGCCAAGGGCAUCAAGGAGAUCUACGUCGUGGCCGUCAACGACGCCUUCUGCACCAAGGCGUGGAAGAAGGAGCUGGGCGCCGAGGGCAGCAAGGUGCACUUCCUUGCCGACGACACGGGCGCCUUCACCACAAAGGUCGGCAUGCUCUUCGACGCCUCGGGCCUGCUCGGCAACCACCGCGCUCAGCGCUACGUCGCCGUCGUCGAGGAUGGCAAGGUGACCCACUUCGAGGUGGAGGACGAGGCGCCCACGGUCGAGAAGACCAAGGCCGACAACAUUCUUGCUCAGCUCUAAGUCUUGAAGCCAAGCCAAUGUAGUCCUUCACGCGCCACGCCUCUUUACCCCAUAGUACUCUCGGCGUGCGACUUGGC